CUGUGGAUACUGUGGAUACAACGGGAGCACGUACGGUGAAUAUUCGCACCACAGGGAAUGAGAAGUCGUCCUUCUCUGUGGUUCUAGCUUGCCAUGCUAAUGACCUGAAACUUCCACCCAUGGUGAUAUUCAAAAGGAAGACCUUGAAAAGCUAACUCGAAGGAAUGGAUGGAUGAAGAAAAGAUGAGUGAGUGGUUAAGGGAAGUUUACGCGAAGAGGCCGGGUGGCAGCUCCGUCCAUGUUGAUAUACGACUCUAUGCGCGCCCACAUCACAGAUGGUGUCAAAAAACAAGUGAAGCACACAAAUACAACACUCGCCGUCAUUCCGGGUGGAUUAACCAAAGAACUCCAACCGCUGGAUAUUGGUGUCAACAGGGCAUUCAAAUCACGACUGCGAACGGCGUGGGAACAAUGGAUGACCGAAGGCGAACACACCUUCACUAAGACAGGCAGACAGCGCCGGACGACAUACGCCAACAUUUGCCAGUGGAUCGUAAAUGCCUGGGCAGAUAUUUCGGUCACAACUGUGGUCCGAGCUUUCCGGAAGGCAGGAUUCACAGAACUGCUGGACAACAGUGACACUGACUCCGAUGACUUCGACGAGACGGAACCGGCCAUUUUGGAUCCCACAUUUGCCCAACUUUUCAAUUCGGACACCGAAGACGAAGAAUUCGAAGGAUUUACGAAUGAAGAAUAACUUCAGAAGAUGAACGCUCGUCAAGAAGAACGUCCCCUUCAGCAGCAGGAGGAUGCACAGCCCCCCCACAUUAAAGAAGAAGAGGAGGAUAUCUGGGUUACUCAGGAGGAAGAGUUUCUUCCAGGGCAGGAGGACACUGAUCUCAGCAAGUUUCCACUGACUAUUGUCUCUGUGAAGACUGAAGAGCAUGAAGACAAAGCACCUGAGUCCUCACAGCUUCAUCACAGUCCAAACGUCCAGCGGGUGUCAGCGGGGAGUCAUGAAGAGGAGUGGCACACCAGUGUGGGACAGAAGGAGCUACAGGCCCCCUCCCACAUUAAAGAGGAGCAGCUUCAUGAUGAAGAUGAAGCUCAGUCCUUACAGCUUCAUCACAGUCAAAGUGAGGAGAACAGAGGGGCGGAGCUUGUAAGUCAACACAUCACAGAAGCUGAUGGAGAGCAUUGUGAAGAUAUCAAGUCAGAACCAGACAGCAUCUUUGCUCCACUGUCAGACAUGGACCACAUGAUGUCACACUCUUCUGAUCACAGUGACCACAUCCAAAAACCUUUGGAGAGUAAAAAUGACUCUAAAGGUGAUACGAGACAUCACACUAACAACAAACACUUUGACUGCUCUGAAUGUGGGAAAUCAUUUAGAAAGAAGUGUAAUUUUACAGUACACAUGAGAAUACAUACUGGAGAGAAACCUUUUACUUGCUCUGUUUGUAAGAAGAGUUUCUACACAAAGCGUCACAUGACCAGACACAUGAGAACACACACUGGAGAGAAACCUUUUACUUGCUCUGUUUGUGCUAAAAGAUUCAACACUAAGAAUGAAAUGAUAUUACACAUGAGAAUACAUACUGGAGAGAAUUAUUUUACCUGCUCUGUUUGUAAGAAGAGUUUCUCCACAAAGUGUUACAUGACCAGACACAUGAGAACACAUACUGGAGAGAAACCUUUUACUUGCCCCGUUUGUAAGAAGAGUUUCUCCAAAAAGUGUAACAUGACCACACACAUGAGAACACACACUGGAGAGAAACAUUUUGCUUGCUCAGCUUGUGCUAAAAGAUUCAACACUAAGAAUGACAUGAUAUUGCACAUGAGAACACACACAGGUGAGAAACCUUUUACUUGCUCUGUUUGUAAGAAGAGUUUCUCCAGAAAGGAACGCAUGACCACACACAUGAGAACACACACUGGAGAGAAACAUUUUGCUUGCUCAGUUUGUGCUAAAAGAUGCAGCACUAAGUAUGACAUGAAAUCACACAUGAGAACACACACUGGAGAGAAACCGUUUAGUUGCACUGUGUGUGAUAAGAUGUUCAGGUAUAAGUGUCAGGUCAGUAAACACAAGUGUGUAACAGUCAUGGAAGCUGCAGGGAUGUAAAAACACUUAAACAGUGAUUGUGCUAAAUGUAGUUUAAAAACACAGCAUGUUUAAUAAGAAUGUAUAUUUGAUGUUGUAUGUAGUGCUUCUCAUCUUCUAGUCUUAUAUGUUGGCCUGUAGUUACUGUUUAAGUUGUGUGCAUGUAUUGAAUAUUAUAUAUAUAGCUACUGUUCUAUUUUAUGUUAUCGUUGUUGAAGAGAGGACAUCUUAUUUUCAUGUGGUUUUUUUUGUGUCAUAUAAAACCACACAUUUUUACAAUUGCAUUUUAUUGAUGUUAUUAUCCAACUAAAAGUAUGAAUGAAUAAAAUGGUUAACAAAA